GUCAGUCGCACGAUCGGGCGAGCGGGCUAGUCAGUUUCACACGAGCACCACGCGCGAGCAAACGCUUUUCUCGCAUUUUAUUCGAUCGCCGUAGCUCGCGCACGACACAUGGGCGACGCAGUGCCACUCCACUCUCGGAAAACUUGAAUAGAUUUCGUUGAAUCCGGGGACUACAAUCGACUCACAGUCGCAGACAACGAGAUUGUUCCCAAUCCUUCUUCCGAUCCAACCUCUGCGAUCCUGUUCAAACUCUCUCUUUCUUCUUUUUUCUAAAAGUAGUCGUUGCACGAGUUUUUGAAAACUUAGUCUGUUGGAUAGUUUCUUUUUCUCUUUUUUUUUUUUAAUCAAAUUAUACUCGAAUGAAAGAUCGACCGUUCUCGACUGUUAUCGAGGCACUAGUUUGGCGGGAAUCGGUUCAACGUUUAUUAGGAUUUGAUCAGCUCGAAUGACGUGUUAGACUGUUUGGAGUAGUAUCGUUACCCGAUGUAGUAUCGUUACACGAGGUGCGACGGAAAAGUGGAGUGAAUCUUGGCGGUCGUCUGUGAUCGAAAGGAAAUCUCGCGGAAACACCUGUUCGACGCAAGAAACAGAUAACACAUUAACGAAUAUAAAACGUGAACGUAUUUCAAAGAAACGAAAUAGCUGCACAACCAGGCAGUGAUAUGAAGAAUACGCAAACCAACAAUUAUGCGGGCGUGAAUGGCAAGCAAGUCUCUAAUGGAAAGGAGGAAGUUGUCAACUAUGAUGAGGAGGAGGUCGAUGCCGUGCAGGAAGCCAUGGGUACACUUGGCAGAUGGCAAAUUUACGUCUGUCUGGCAAUUUCCCUGGUCAAGUUCCCGAUCGCUUGGCACCAGCUCGCCAUCGUCUUCAUGGCGCCGCAUCAAGAGUUCAACUGCACCGCGCCAGCUCGCGCAGAAUCGUCCGAUCAGUGCAGAGUCAAUGUCAAUGGUACGCUGGCGGAGUGUACGGAGUGGGUGUACGACAGGAGCACGUUCUCCGAAACGAUAAUAUCGCAGUGGAACUUAGUAUGCAGUCGAACGCAUUACGCCAAUAUCCAGCAAUCUAUUUUGAUGUUCGGCGUGCUUUUGGGCAAUAUUAUAUUCGGCAAUCUAGCAGAUAGAUAUGGUAGAAAGAUGCCGUUAAUGGUAGCUGUAGUCCUUCAAUUGGUUUCCGGUAUCGGAUGCGCCAUCGUGCCGUGGUUUCCGGCGCUAUUGUUUAUGAAAUUGCUUAGCGCCUUGGCUACUGGAGGCACGAUGGUUACUAGUUAUGUUAUCUGUAUGGAAAUCGUUGGUACACAGUGGCGGGCGGCCAUCACAGUACUUUACCAAAUUCCAUUUAGCUUGGGUCACAUGUCACUGGCUGGGCUCGCAUUUAUGUUCCGGCAUUGGCAACAUCUGCAAAUCGCAAUCACAUUGCCUUCGAUCAUUCUUCUGAGUUACUGGUGGAUCGUACCCGAAUCACCUAGAUGGUUGCUAGUUUUUGGAAAGCAACGGGCAGCGUGCACGGUCCUGCAAAAGGCAGCUAAUAUUAAUAAGAUACGAAAUAAGGACAUUCCAGAGUUGGUCAGGCAGCACUGUUUGCAUCAGAAUUCCAAGCGUACGGAAUCGGAUCACAAAGCUUCGUUCUUCGACCUGUUCCGUACCCCCAACAUGAGGAUCAAAUCUUUAUCGAUUUUCUUUAAUUGGAUCGUCUGCGGGAUGGGGCUGUUUGGUAUGUCACAAUACAUAGGACAAGUUGGUGGCAAUAUUUUCGUGAAUUUCACCGUGUCCGGCGCGAUACAGAUACCUGGAAACUUCGUCGCCUGGUGGGCAAUGAACAGAUUGGGCAGGAAGAUCACAUUGAUCUGUAGCAACUCGAUGACCGGUAUUGCUGCGCUCCUACUUAUCGUAAUUUCAGACAAUAUGUCGUGGCUUCGAUUAAUUCUAGUCUGUGUCGGCAUCGUUGGCAUGUCGGUCUCCUUUACGACAGUUUACCUGUUUUCCGGUGAAUUGUUCCCCACAGUUGUCAGAAACAUAGGCGUGGGCACCAGUAGCAUGUGUGCAAGAAUAGGCUCCAUUACAGCGCCUUUCGUAGUGUCUUUGGCUCAAGUGCAAACGUGGCUGCCCCCAGCCUUUUUCGGUAUCCUGCCACUCAUCGGCGCCGCGCUUUGCUUUUUGUUGCCGGAAACUGUUGGAUGCACGCUUCCGGAAACUCUUCAAGAUGGCGAAGACUUUGGGAAAAAACCACGCAAAACGAAGAAGUACCCUAUGGACGUCGAAGCGGAAGCGGCACUUUGAGCGAAGACUGCACUAAACGCAAAGGACUGUUUGUUAAAAAUUUGAGAACAGAAAAAUGCGACAAUGCAACGUCGAAAUUGAGAGAAAACAUCGAUUUUCGUAGAUUAAUUAGAUGUACAUAUAAGUAAUACUGAGAUCAUUCCGCGUUCUUAUUUAUUACAUUACAUCCACGAUUUAAAUGAUAUUAGAAGAAUUGCUGUUUUUCUUCGUACACGUGAAAUGCUUCGUUGUAGGAUAUCGAUUUCACAGUUCGACAAAUUUUCAUGCACGUUCGUGCCUAAUAAAGUUAAACGAUAUAUUUGCCUACAAUAACGGAAAAUAUUUAGCUUUUUAGGUAAGAGGAAUAUAGUAAAAAAUUUCGAUCGGCUUAGAAAAUAUUUUUGAUAUCGAACUUUUCGAAGAAUUGAAGAAUGUUACCUACUGCCAAAUAACAGUUGUAAGGAAUGCACCUUAUGUCAAUUGUAUGCGAAUGCAUAAAUAGAUCUUAUAUUUUAUAAAAUGGAAACUUUAUUUUUCGACGUCCAUUCCUCGUUAUCGUUUUUCUAGGACCAAUUCAACAUGAAGAUACGUGAUCUACAAAGUAAAAUUUUAAACCGUGCAAUAUUGUUAUACGUUUAAAAUAUAUAUUAUCUCUUUCUCAAACUACGCAUCCAAAUAUAAUUGUUACAUCAUUGUAUAUUGUACAGUUUGUUAAGUUAUUGCAAUAAUACAUGUGCUACGAGAACGAAAUAAAAC